UCUUUAUUUUCUUUGUGUAAUGAUAUCAGACAGAGAGAGAGAGAAAAGCAAAAGAAGAAGAAGAGAGUGAUGGCAGAUAAGAAAUUGAUUUCAUCGGCUUCCUCUUCUUCUACCUCGAUUUACGACCCUCGUGGCAAUAAUAAUCAUCAACCACCCUCUUCUUCCGACGAGAUUUCUCAGUUCCUCCGGCAUAUUUUCGACCGUUCUUCUCCUCUACCUUCUCACUACUCUCCGGCCUACACGGCGGCGACAGGCGGAGACCCGCAUGCAGACAACAACACCACGAGAUGUUUCGUUUCUCCUCCAUCGUCGAAGCGCGCCGCCGCCGCCGAGUUCUCCGACGUUCCACUCGGCUCCGCCACCGCCGUACCGUGUUACGGCUUCUCCGGUGGUAAUAACAACAACGUUGCUCAAGGAAGCAGCUCGGGGACUCGAGUAUCGUCGUCUUCCCUUGGAGCUAGCGGGAACGAUACGGACGAGUAUGACUGCGAAAGCGAGGAAGGAGUAGAAGCUGUGGUUGAUGAUGAGCAUCCUUCCAAGUCUCGUAGCUCUUCCAAGAGAUGCAGAGCUGCUGAAGUUCAUAAUUUGUCUGAAAAGAGGAGAAGAAGUAGAAUCAAUGAAAAAAUGAAAGCUUUACAGAGUCUCAUCCCUAAUUCAAAUAAGACGGAUAAGGCUUCAAUGCUUGAUGAAGCCAUAGAGUAUCUGAAACAGCUUCAGCUUCAAGUUCAGAUGUUGACAAUGAGGAAUGGGAUAAACUUACAUCCUUUAAGCUUACCUGGAACUUCAUUACACCCGUUGCAACUCUCACAGAUCCGACCUCCAGAAACAACCACUGAUCCUCUGCUUAAUCACUCCAUUUGCUUCGACUUCCAAUGCACCGGAUAUGCUCAAACAUGCCUUCUGCGUACACGUUGGAACCUUCCAUCCGCAGUCACUUUGGACUUUCCUUCCCUUUACUCCACCUGUGGAGAUGAAUCGAGAAGGCGGGUUAACUCAUCAGAGGUUGAACAUUGGUGGUCAUCCUAACGCAAACCUAACCGGAGAACAUGCUGCGUUUGAUGGACAACAUCCUGAGAUAAAAGAUUGACUUACUUGAACAUCAUUUCGCAACUUGGGGAAUCUGUGCGUUCUUGUUUCUUAGGUCUCAAGCAACAAAACUGCAUGACAAUAAAAAUGCACUUAACGGUCUUUAUAUUUAGUAAUUUUUGUAUUUCAUUGUUGUCGUUAACAUAUGAACUCUACAGACUAGUCAUUGGACCUUCUAGAUAUAAUAUUAAAAAAGACUGAACUUUUUAUUAUAAAGUAAUUCUUAGGUUUA